UUUGGAAUCAAUGUAGACAAUGACCAAGAGGAAGGGCUAUACAAUCUCUACUUUCACAAUUGCUUUCAGUAUGAAAAAGGGGUCCAUGCAACAUUUGAAAUGCAGGUUGAUAUAGAAGAGAUAAAUGACGGGAACUACUUGUCGGCGGGAGAUCUCAUCCCGCCUUCUUCCUUCACCCUCUCCGUCCUGUUCUUCAUCGCUGGCAUUGUGUGGAUGGUGAUUCUACGCCGCGUUAAGGAGGAUGUAUACACAAUGCAUUAUUUAAUGUUUGCGGUGGUGAUGGUGAAGGCACUAUCAAAUCUCUUUAAUGCUGUGAACAUGCACUUUAUUGCAGUAGAAGGCAUGCACGAGGAAGCCUGGGCAGGUAUUGUAUAUCUAUCUCGAGGAGCUUUAUUGUUUGUGACAAUUUUACUGAUUGGAACAGGAUGGACUUUUGUAAAACACGUCUUUUCAGACAAAGAAAAGAAACUUUUUCUGAUUGUUAUCCCUCUACAGAUUUUGGACAACAUUGCGUACAUUAUUAUUGAGGAGAGUGAGGAGGGCCAGUCGGAGUACGCUAUAUGGCAGGAGAUUUUUAUUCUGGUAGAUCUACUCUGCUGUGGAGCAAUUCUCUUCCCUGUUGUAUGGUCAAUGAGACAUUUACGACAGUCCACAGGAACUGAUGGGAAAGCUGCACUUAGUUUACAAAAACUAGCCCUCUUCAGGCAUUUCUAUAUCAUGAUUGUGUGUUAUAUCUACUUUACAAGAUUUAUAGUGUACCUAGUAAAGAUAACUGUACCCUUCCAGUAUGAAUGGCUAGAUGAACUCUUUAAGGAACUUGCCACAUUAGUGUUCUUCAUCAUCACUGGGUACAAAUUCCAGCCCGCUCCGGAUAAUCCAUAUCUCCAGGUGCCGACAGAAGAGGAUGAAGAAGAGGUGGAGAUGGACGAGGUAAUUACCAAAUCAGGUGCCAUGGAAACACUUACUCAUGUCAACAAAGGGACAUCUAGUGGAGGCCUUAAACAAAGGGAGAGCAGUCAUGAGUAUGAUUGAAAAAGACUGAGGAAAAGACAAUAGCAAAUCUAGCUAUCCAAGCUUAGAGAAAACAUAAGGAUUUUCAUUGAAAAUUUUGUGGUGGAAGUUUUUUUGUGCAAUUUUUUAUUGACAAAUAUUGAGCAUUGUUUGAAAAUGCAUAUGAAUAUUGAUUUCUUUUCAACAUUAUCAGGUUAUGAAUUUGAUAAAAUUGUGACACAUUUUUUCCCCAUUAAAUUUUUUUCUUUUUGCAAAUUUCCAUUAGGUGAAUGCUUUGAAAACUAUUUAAAAAAAAAAGAAAAAUCAUUAAAUCAUUUAUGCUGAUAUCAUGUAUUGUCAAGUGUUGUAAACAUGUGUACAUGUAUGUUUAGAGGAGGUGUAAAUGUGUGCAUGUACAUGUAUGUAAGAAGAAUCAGUAGAAAGGUGAGGCAUUUAUCAUUAAUUUCAUCCUCUGUGAUAUUUUUUUGUGUUUAUCAUGAUUCUUACUGUAAAGUACAUGGGUAAGGACAAUGAUUACUGUUUACAAUCAUUUUUAUUUAUUAUUUCUCUUGUAAAUAAUAACAUAAUUCUUUUGUACUCAAUGAAUUACAUAAUUCUUUUGUCUUUGGGAAAACUCAAUAAAGUCGAACUCUGGUAUCUCAAUACCAGUAUCUUUCAUACCAUGGAUCUUUCAAGCAAAUAAUAUUGAAGUUCAAACCACUUAUUUUUUAAUUCAUCCUCAAUAUCUUGAAUACUCUGAAUCUGAUAUCUCAGUUUUCCUUGGUCCUGUUGAGGUCAAGAGGAUAAGGUUUGACUUUAUGAUUUAAUGCUAUAGUUACAAUGGUUUCUGUAAAAUACAAAAUAUCAAUCAUGAAUAUACUGUAUAGUACCCAAAGUUUUGUGGACUAAGAAAGGUUCCUGUUAUUUGUUCAGUAGUAUGUGGGUUUAGAUGGAUGCUGUAUUUUAAGAUGACCUGGAAUCCUCAAAAGUCUCAUGCCAAAGAAUUCCAGUAGAUCUAUAUAUUCACUGCUCUUUUUUUUAUUGAUAUAUUGUAUAAUAUUUUGUGCAUAGAAAAUGUUGAACUGGUAUUAAAGAUUUUAAGUUGCAAUUUA